AUGUUCGACAGAUGCGUCACCCAAAUUGGAAAGGCUUACAAGCCAGGCGAAAAUAUUACUAUAGAUGAAGGAAUUUGCCCUUUUCGUGGUAGACUAAGUUUUAGAGUGUGUAUGAAAAAUAAGCCUAAUAAAUAUGGCGUAAAAUAUUUUAUGCUAUGUGAAAGUGGGUACGUCCUGAACUGUGAAAUUUAUUCUGGGAAACAGUCUAAUGCCGAUAACAACAUUUUACACAUUGUAGACAGAUUGUGUCAUUCUUUUCAUAAUAAAGGUCUUACAUUAUACAUGGACCGAUUUUACACCAGCCCUGAUUUACUUGAUUAUUUGUGGGAGAAAAGAACUAAGGCAGUUGGUACAGUGCAGAAAAAUAGAAAAGGACUACUAAGGGAUCUUAUUGGCCAGAAAUGGAAAAUAAAUGAACUUUCGUUUUGCAGACGAGAUCACUUACUGUUUGUAAAAUGGAAGGAAAACAGGGACAUUUUUCUUUAG